AUGGUGGGUGCAGAUAUUGCAAUAACGAACAGCGAUAAGGAAUUGGCCGUUGAUCUGGCCGAGGAGGAUGACUGCAGAAACGCUUUGGAAGAUGAACAUCAACGACGAAAUGUCGAUCCUGAUCAGUCAAGAAAUAGGGAAAUGAUGCUGAUGAGACGAGACGCAGAAGAGUGGUUAAGAGAAGGCGUUUAUGGGGAUAGACCUCAUCCGAAAACACUCGCAUCGGCACUUCAUGUGGCUGCAGCUAAAGGGUAUUUGCCUUGCCUUCGUUUGAUAAUGGCAAAUGAUGUUGGUGAUUAUCGAUGA